AUGCAGGAGAACUACGAGACGGUGACCUCGCUGGGAUUCCCCAUUCCCAAACCUGACCUGAUCACUCAGCUGGAACAAGGGAAAGACCCGUGGGUGUCCGAUCUCCAGGCCUGUAAGGGAAGAGAGAUCCCAAGAGGCGCCCACACAGGUUACGAGAGAGCAAUCCACACAGGAGAGAGACCCCACAAGUGCUUAGACUGUGGAAAAAGUUUCACAUGGAGAUCAGCCCUUGUUAGACAUCUGGCAAUCCAUACCGGAGAGAGACCCCAUAAGUGCUUGGACUGUGGGAAAAGUUUCAUACGGAGGUCCGCCCUUGUUAAACAUCUGGCAGUGCACACCAGAGAGAGACCCCACAAGUGCUUAGACUGUGAAAAAAGUUUCCUACAGAGAUCACACCUUCUUAUGCAUCAGACAAUCCACACCGGAGAGCGACCCCAUAAGUGCUUGGACUGUGGGAAAAGUUUCCUAUGGAAGUCAGCCCUCGUUAAUCAUCAGAGAAUCCACACAGGAGAGCGACCCCAUAAGUGCUUGGAUUGUGGAAAAAGUUUCAUACGGAGGUCCGACCUUGUUAAACAUCAGGCAAUCCACACGGGAGAGAGACCCCACAAGUGCUUAGACUGUGAAAAAAACUGUGGGAACAGUUUCCUAUGGAAGUCAGCCCUCGUUAAUCAUCAGAGAAUCCACACAGGAGAGAGACCCCAUAAGUGCUUGGAUUGUGGAAAAAGUUUCAUACAGAGGUCCGCCCUUGUUACACAUCAGGCAGUCCACACGGGAGAGAGACCCCACAAGUGCUUAGACUGUGGGAAAAGUUUCACAUGGAGAUCAGCCCUUGUUAAACAUCAGGCAGUCCACACGGGAGAGAGACCCCACAAGUGCUUAGACUGUGAAAAAAGUUUCCUACAGAGAUCACACCUUCUUAUGCAUCAGAGAAUCCACACGGGAGAGAGACCCCACAAGUGCUUAGACUGUGAGAAAAGUUUCAGAUGGAGGUCAGCCUUUGUUAAACAUCAAGCAAUCCAUAAAAGAGGGAGACCAUAA